GACGAGUCACACACACACAUACAAGUGUUGCCAUUUUUCUAUUGGGCCUACUGUUAUAAAAUAUAAUGUAUAUACAAUACAAGUUAACUAAAAUGACAAAAAUUGCUUCAAAACAAAUUGAUUCUACUACAGGUCAUUUUGAUCCACUUGUGGAAGAGUAGGGUUAAAUCACUUCAGACACAGAGCCCUUAAAAUACCUACAGGACGAAGAAGACCCCACAAAGCUUCGGAUGUUUAACAACUUAAUACAUGACGUGUAUGAGAAGAAAGAGAACCAUUGUGAUGUCCUGAAGCAGCUGCUUGAAUCCUCCGCUGUGGCAGUGGAGCUCAGGAAGAACGGCUUCCACAGAGAGCUGGUGACCUCUGUGGAGCUCAGCCCUGAUGAUCUCAGGUGGGUCAGAGUCCUGCUGGUUCACAGGUGGCCCAGAGGGGUCUAUGUCGAUCCGUACCAGCUUGCUGAUCACAGGGAUUGGCAGAUAUUAAUAAAUUCAGCCAUUGACCUGGAGCUACCUGCUCAUAAGACAUCAGGAUUUAUCACCUAUGUGUAUCCUGCCCCCGAUGGACCAACUCCCAGACUGAUAAAAGUAACAAUCCCCGUUCACACUCGAUACCACGAGCCGUCAUUUGAUGGGGAAGCAUUUACAGCUGUAGAAAUAGAACCUCCAAAACUGCUGCUACGGGCUGAAAAAUGCACGCAGCUCCACAGCCUCGAGCCUCAUACAGUCGUUGAAGCUCCCUGCACUCACAAAAAUCUAAGCACAUGUGCAUGGCUUCAACUUCCUCAUCAGCAGGACCAGGGCUCUGUGAGUGUGCAGGUUCCAGUUGGAGACGAAUCUCUGGUGAUUCCUGUUUGUGCUGGAACUCUUCUCGUAACAAUGAUCUGCUGUGUAGGACUGUCCAAAUACAUGUGGACACAUCGAAUCGUUUAAACAGGGACAGUCAAUGUUUGCUGUGUUAAACACUCAGGAACUGGAGCCGUUAGCCUCGUGGUUAUGUUGCGCUCCCCAUGAACAGCAGCUAUAGUCCUCGUUGCAGCGGCCGUGGGUUCUUAACCAACCUCGGCCCUUUGCUGCAUGUCAUCCCCCACUCUCUCCUCCCAACAUUUCCCUGUCCCCCUUCAGCUGUCCUAUCCAAUAAAGGUAAAAAUGGCCCCCAAAAAAACCUUAGAAACUUCUACUCAAAAAAGAUUUGUCGUCAUCAGGAUCAUUCUGGCAAAAUGGAAAAAGACGAAACACCCCCCCUUUGACAACCCUCGACCUUCUGGUUGAGAGACAACGACUCUCAGUGGAUCUCUACUCACUGUCCUACCACAUAAGGAUUACUGAAACUCCCAGUUCUUUCAAAUCAAGGCUGAAGACUGAGACUGUACAGCUGCUGUCAUGAAAUUAUUUGAAUAAAUCAUCUUAUUUUUUUAUCUUAACCUUUAAAACACUGCUGCACUGUUACUUGUACAGUUGCAUCUUAAAGCGGUCUCAUUUUAGUUUUUUUUUUCUUGCUUUAUUUGUUCUUCUCUAAUUUUUAAUGGUUUGUUUUUGUGAUUAUUAAAUGUCCUCUUAAUGUGAUUAUUUUCCCCUUUUCAUGUUUUGAUGUCUCAUGUGAAGCGCUUAGAAUUGCCUUGAUGCUGAAAUGUAUAUAAAUUGGCUUUUCUGCUUUGUUAAUUGAUAGACAUUAAAUACAUUUUUUGUGAAAACCGUUCAAAUAAUGAAUUAUAUUUGAUCAUUUCUCAGGGUUUUUUUCUGAGAUGAUCAAAUCCACAAGUCAGGUCAAAGGGCUAUUGCAUAACUUUGUUUCAAAUUGUUUUUCAUAUUUCAUUCUUUACUGUUUAUUAUUAUUUAAGUCCAAUGGCAGUAGCAGUGCAACUGCUCACAAGCUUUUAACUUAUGUGUUAUUUGUUUCUGUAGCAGAAACACAGAGACUAAUUCUUUGUAUGUGUAAA